GCCCUUUCAAACAAUGAUUUUUGGUUUACGAGACAACAGACGGGAAAAAGGGAAGACACAGGGGAAUAAGGUUCAACUGCGUUUGCUCAGACGGGAAAAGCGCCGACCGACCUCAUAGCUUUUCGAUGGACAUCACGACUUGCCCCUUCUGCCAUCUGAGAGUUCUUUCUGUAGAACUCGAAAGACAUGCAAACAGUCACUUCGACGAUGAAGACGUUGUUAACGAUUUCGAGUUGGGACGAGACGUUGCCCUUGCUCAUUCUAUUUCGCCCCAGGUUAGUAGUGCAACUCUCCGUAAAACUGGUGCACGGGAAAGGCCUGAGAGUAGCUAUUCAAGUUCUCGUAUGGAUGGUCGAACUUCUAAGGGGAGAGACUUGGGUGAACGAAUAAGCUGCUUAGUCAAUCUGCAGAUGAAGGGAUCUUUUUACCAUGUUGAAGGAGGCAUGAUUAACAUGCUGAGAAGCUGUUUGGAAUUAGAACCUAAGAACUGUGUCAGUCUGUUGUGUGGUUAUGUAGAUCAUUUUGAAAGCAUUGCAUCAGAGGAUGUUGGAUGGGGGUGUGGAUGGCGCAAUAUUCAGAUGCUCAGCUCUCAUUUGCUCAAACAAAGACAAGAAGCAAGGAACGUUCUCUUUGGUGGCUCAGGGUUUGUACCUGAUAUCCCUUCACUCCAGAGAUGGCUUGAAAUUGCCUGGGAACAAGGCUUUGAUAUGGCUGGGUCGAAAGACUUUGAUCAAGAAAUCUAUGGAAAAAGAAAUUGGAUUGGAACUACAGAAUGUGCUACCCUCUUCCGUUCUUUUGGUCUUCGUGCUCGAAUAGUGGAUUUCUGUAGUAAGACAAUUGCACCGAAGGUUUAUGGACCUAUGGACAAAUAUGUGUCCAAGUGGAAAAACAAUGUUUCUGACCCUGUAUCCUUUACACAUGAUGCAAAUGUUAAGGGACAGGAGGUUCUCAUUGAUUGGGUGUGGAAUUACUUUUCUGACCCUAAGUGUACAAGAUCUGACAAUAGACAUGUCCUUGUCAGUCUGAAAGCGCCAUUGUACUUCCAACAUCAAGGCCACUCAAGAACAAUUGUUGGGAUUCAAAAGAAACUUCAGAAAAAUGGCUCAAAGCAAUAUAAUCUUUUGAUCUUAGACCCUGGCCAUAGAACCAAAGAUCUGGCAAAAUCUCUCAGAGACAAUGAUGGAUGGCAAAGGCUAAUAAAAAGAGGUGUGCACACUCUGAGGAAGCCACAAUAUCAGUUGUGUUUUAUUGAUCAUGGAGUCGCUUUUGGGGAAGAGGUUGAAAAACUGAAGAACUUACAAAGCAUUCGUCAUGAAUUUUAGUUUUGCUAUCAGGGUUGAGUGGCUUCUUAUUUCCACAACUUUACCUUCGGCUAUAACAACUAUGGUACUUCAAACUCUGAUUUGUAUUACUUGUUGCUCUAUCUGGUAAUACCGUGGGUUGACCUUUUAAGUAAAUGCCAUUUCUGGACUGUUCGCUGCUUUUCUCCACCAGAAUAGUUGAGAUCCUUCCUCCCCUAUUCUGUAGCACAGUAUCACAUGCAUCAGGCAAACUGCUUACAAAUUCAUGGAUGCUUGCAUCUUCAGAAACUCUUAUUCUCCUAUAGCAGAUAUGUAUAUGAUUUAGCAACUGAAUUGGAUCCUGAUACAUUAUACCUACCUCUGCAAAUGACGUUUUAGGUUGUAAUCAUCAAGUAUUUUCUAUCAGUCAGAACUUUUGUUUCAUCGAUAUCAUAAAAUCUCAGAUUCUUGCCAGAACCAACAUGAAAGACUUUACAACCCUCUGUUUUGAGUCUGAAAUUGUGUAGUGCUGCUACUUCUGGCCUUGGAUGUUUAAUGAACCUUGGUAUUGGAUAUUUAAGUUCCCUUUUGAUGGCAUGCCUUGUUUAGUUUAUAUACACCUGCCAAGUAAUAUGAUUGCUGAUUAAACAAUGGGGGUAUCAGGGUCUACAAUUCAGUGACUAUGGUACUGUGCAAGAAUAUCUGUGAUGAUCUUAUGUGGUUCUCAAAGCUAGCUUGCCUUCUCUCAAUUAAAAUGCCUGUGCAUAAAUCAAUUAUAUGUUGGGAUUGUCUCAUGCUUGAGGCUCUCUUUCCUGCGUCUAUGCAGCAAUUGCUUCAAUGAAAGUCUGGUCUUUUGGAAGGAUGUGCUCUUCAGGUGUCUCAGAGAAAGCUAAUUUAUUUUGCAGUUCAGACGCAACAUACACUUCGACAAAGGUAAACAUUCAGGUUGUUUCUUUGUAAAAUGUGCUUACAUAUGCUAGAAAAACAAAAAGUAAUAUUGGAGGAUGCUCCAAGAAGGA